CGGCGGUGCGCAGCGGAGGGCCACCGGCGAGAGAGACGAGGAGAUGUGAGAGCCGGCCCCGCGCUGCGCCGCACAGGGCAUGUUUUCGAGCCAUUUUUGAGGAGAUGUGGUGAAUGUAAACUUGCUCUCUUGGGAGCGAAAUUCUGCUGAGGCUUACAUUAGCCCUUUUGGCCACAGCGUUUCAUUGGGAAUCCAUGUUCAGCUGAUCACCCACCAGGACGCCUGGUCUCAUAUUUAGUCUCUGCUUCAGAGGAUAGAGUCCUCUCUCUCCCUCUCAUCCUGAUUUUAGAUAAUGGGCUGUGUGCAAUGUAAGGACAAAGAGGCAACAAAACUGACUGACGAGAGGGAUGGGAGUUUAACACAAAGCUCAGGCUACCGCUAUGGCACAGAUCCCACGCCACAGCACUAUCCAAGCUUUGGUGUGACUUCAAUUCCAAACUACAACAACUUCCAUGCCACAGGAGGCCAAGGACUGACAGUGUUUGGUGGAGUCAAUUCCUCCUCUCAUACAGGGACGCUGCGUACAAGAGGAGGAACAGGUGUAACUCUUUUUGUGGCGCUUUAUGACUAUGAAGCAAGGACAGAAGAUGACUUAAGUUUUCACAAAGGAGAAAAAUUUCAAAUUCUUAACAGCUCGGAAGGAGACUGGUGGGAGGCUCGGUCCCUGACAACAGGCGAAACUGGUUACAUUCCCAGUAAUUAUGUGGCUCCAGUCGAUUCCAUCCAAGCAGAGGAGUGGUACUUUGGCAAACUUGGCCGAAAAGAUGCUGAGAGGCAGCUGUUGUCAUUUGGAAACCCAAGAGGUACCUUCCUGAUCCGGGAAAGUGAAACUACCAAAGGUGCCUAUUCCCUGUCUAUUCGUGACUGGGAUGAUAUGAAAGGAGAUCAUGUCAAACAUUACAAGAUUCGUAAACUUGACAAUGGUGGAUAUUAUAUCACAACUCGGGCACAAUUUGAAACUCUUCAACAGCUGGUUCAGCAUUAUUCAGAGAGAGCUGCAGGUCUUUGCUGCCGCUUAGUAGUCCCCUGUCAUAAAGGAAUGCCAAGGCUUACUGAUCUGUCUGUCAAAACCAAAGAUGUCUGGGAAAUUCCACGAGAAUCCCUACAGUUGAUCAAGAGACUGGGAAAUGGGCAGUUUGGGGAAGUAUGGAUGGGUACAUGGAAUGGAAAUACUAAAGUGGCUAUCAAGACUCUGAAGCCUGGCACUAUGUCUCCAGAAUCAUUCUUGGAGGAAGCCCAAAUCAUGAAGAAGCUAAAACAUGACAAACUGGUCCAGCUUUAUGCUGUGGUGUCUGAAGAACCCAUCUAUAUUGUCACAGAGUACAUGAGCAAAGGGAGCUUGCUAGAUUUCUUAAAAGAUGGAGAAGGAAGAGCUCUGAAGCUACCAAACUUAGUGGACAUGGCAGCUCAGGUGGCUGCAGGAAUGGCAUAUAUUGAACGAAUGAAUUACAUACACAGAGAUCUGCGAUCUGCAAACAUUCUGGUGGGGAAUGGACUAAUAUGCAAGAUUGCUGACUUUGGAUUAGCAAGGCUGAUCGAAGACAAUGAGUAUACAGCAAGACAAGGUGCAAAGUUUCCCAUUAAAUGGACUGCACCAGAAGCAGCAUUGUAUGGAAGGUUCACAAUCAAGUCGGAUGUGUGGUCUUUUGGGAUCCUACUGACAGAGCUGGUAACAAAAGGGAGAGUGCCAUACCCAGGCAUGAAUAACCGUGAAGUCUUGGAGCAAGUGGAACGCGGUUAUCGGAUGCCAUGUCCUCAAGACUGUCCCAUCUCCUUGCACGAGCUUAUGAUCCACUGCUGGAAAAAAGACCCAGAGGAGCGUCCAACUUUUGAAUAUUUGCAGGGUUUUCUCGAAGACUACUUUACUGCAACAGAACCCCAGUACCAGCCUGGUGACAACCUGUAACUCCCUGGUCUCCACACACUGUCACGAAUUGCCAGGUGUCCCUCAGCCCUGUCUCACCUGCCCUUCAGCGUCCAGCUCCAUGAUUGGCUUCCAGGAGUGCAGCAGCAUCUCUCAGCACUGCUGGGCAAAGAGGGGCUGGAGCUGGGAACUCGAGCAGCCCUCGCCUGUGACCACUUGUCCUAAUAAUCUGAAUGUCCUGGAUGAAAAGGAGAAAAACACUCGUUUUUUCUUAAUCAAAGACUCCUAAACUGCAUUAUAUUGAUGUUAUGUAAACUGCAAAACCUCUGUUCAUUGUAAAUAGUAACUCAGUGCCAAUAACUGAUCCUAGUGCUUUCCUUUUUUUAAAACGCAAAACCUAUGUGAUUUUAACUAGUCUUCUCCUGACCCGACUAAAAGUAUUAUUUUCCAGAA